AUGAUGUACCGCGACACCCGGUACCGCAGGAGUAAGCCGCGUACUGAAGCGCAGCAGCAGCUGCCGCUCGGCAACCCAGACCCAGUUCGGCGGAUGCGAGAAGAGAACCGCUACUACGUGGACAAGACCGCCUUCUGUUGGCGUCUGGUGGAAGAGGGCGACCGCUACUUUCUGUCGCGGCCGCGGCGGUUCGGCAAGAGCCUGUUCCUGGACACGCUGAAAGAGCUGUUCGAGGGCAACGAGCCGCUGUUCCGGGGCCUGUACGUGCACGACAAGUGGAAGUGGUCGGUGCGCUACCCGGUAGUGCGGCUGAGCUUCGCCAGCGGGAGCUUCCGCAAGCCUGAUCUCGUGGACGAAGCGGCGACGGCCCAGCUCGAGGACAUCGCGGUUCGGGCCGGCGUCGCGACCCCCCGCGGCAGCGCCCCGAUCCUGGACGCGAUGAACGACGCCGGAGACGGCCGAGGCAAGAACCGCGACGACCUGCGCGGGCUGUACGCGACGAUCAAGGACGCCGACGCCUACGUCAAGUUCGCGUUCCUCACCGGAGUGAGCAAAUUCUCCAAGGUGAGCCUGUUCUCCGACCUCAACAACCUCACCGAUCUGACCCUGGACCGGCGCUACGCGAAUAUCUGCGGGUACACCGACGCCGACCUGGACACGGUGUUCGCCCCGGAGCUGGCCGGACUCGACCGCGAGGAGAUCCGCCGCUGGUACAACGGCUACAACUGGCGGGGCGACGAGAACGUGUACAACCCGUUCGACGUGUUGCUGCUGUUCAGCAAGCGGGAGUUUGGUCCGUACUGGUCUCAGAGACCGGCACACGCCGAGACGUGUCCCUGA